AUGAAUACGGGUAAUCCACCAUUUAAAGGCCAAUCUGAAGUUCUUCUAUUUGAAGCAAUUUGUCGAAAAAAACCAUUAUUACGAACUAAUUUUUCAUUAAAUUUGAAAAAGAUUAUACUUGAUUUACUACAAAAAGAUCCAACUAAACGAUUAGGUUCAAGUUCAAAAGGAUCACUAGAAGUUAAAGAACAUCCAUGGUUUUCUAAAAUAAAUUUUGAAGCAAUUUAUACACAACAAAUACCAUCACCAUUUUCUAAAUAUGUCAUAACUAAAUCAUUAAUAGAUUAUCGUCAAGAAUCUGUAACACGAAAUGAAAAACCAUUAGUUAUUGCAGAGCAUGAUGAUUAUAAAGAAUAUUUCAAGGAUUUUCAGUAA